AUGGCCAUGCCCCUAUCAACAGCCGCACUCAAUAGGCAGGAAACUCGCAAAUGUCCUUGGGUUGCGUUCAUGAUUCCCCCGCGCCUCGGACGUCAGAGGAAGAAGGCAUACUUGUGUCCUCUGACAUGCUUCAGGAAUGAAGCCAAAUUGGAUGAACUGGACAUUCUAAGGUUCUAUGUUCGACACCCGGAAGUCGUCAAGGCUGUGCCGUGCAACCCACCGAUGGGGCAGUGCCUUGUCUGGAUUGAACGACAGAAGAACCCUUCGGCUGAAUAUCCUUUUGCAGAUCUUGCCCUUCCUGCCUGUGGAGGGGGGAGCAGCGGGAAGGGUGACAUUCGAGAUCCACCCGACGAAAUCGUUGCUGACAGAUUCGACUCUAUGGCUGAUACGCUGAUAGAGGGUUUCAGCUACUUCCAGUACAAGCCGGUGAUAGGAGUCCCCACUGUUUUUGCCGUUAUUUGGUUUAUUUCAGGAGGCCUGCACCUAUGGCAAAACAACAUGAAAUAUAAGACGUGGCGGAUGGGCAUUUUGCUGCCAUGGAUUUGCGUGGUCUUUGCUAUUGGCUAUGUCCUUCGUGAAGUGGCGGCUCACGGUCACUACGGGAAUCUUGACCUCUUCAUCUCCACAGCGGUUUUCCUAUUUUGCGCUCCCCCUAUAUACCUCGCCAUCAUCUCAAUUAUCUUCGGUCGUUUACUGUACUACGUACCCUGGCUGUCACCCAUUCAUCCAGGACGUGUGAUGUCAACCUUCCUUGGAUUAGAUCUUAUAGUGGAAACCCUGGCCUCCUCCGGGGCACCCCUGGCGACAAAUUAUGGGAACUCAAAAACGAAGGUACAUAUCGGCAACACCAUGAUCAAGGCGUCGAUUAUCCUGCAAAUCCCUAUCUUUAUCUCCUUUUUCCUCCUUGUCGCCUUUUUCCACCGCCACUUACACAGAGCCGACAUCCGCGAUUUAAAAAUACGAAAAGUCCUGAUAAACCUCUACUUGGCUUGUUGCUUAGUCACAGUUCGGAAUGUGUUUCGCGCUUUUGAUACCUUUGCAGGAUGGGGAUCUGCGAUGGGUCCUGUCGAAGCUUAUUUCUGGUGCUUCGACGGUGUACCCAUGCUAAUCGUUACCGCCAUGAUGAACGUAUAUCCUCCUGCCAGUUGCCUUCCGCGGUCACAUGUGACCUACUUGGCCCGGGAUGGGAAAACAGAGCUCAGUGGACCCGGUUGGAUUGAUGAUAGACCCUUUCUGGUGACAAUCUUUGACCCGUUUGAUAUUGCGGGGUCGAUAAAGGGAAGGGACAAGAAGACUGCCUUCUGGGAGGAAGAUGGCGUUUUGCUAAACGAGCGACCGAAGACACAGCAAUCCUCGAGUUGA